AUGGCUGAUCAGGGCAUGGAGGAGGGCGAUUUCACCGUGGUGCAAAGGAGGAGGAAAAAGCGGAAGAGGAGGAAGAAGAAGCAGGCAAUCACUCCCACUCCAGUCAAGGAGCAGAAAGAGAAAGAUCCACGAGGAGCUGACUGGCAGCCUACUCACAGGGACCUGCUCAACGGUGUUGUUGAUGUGGUGAAGCAGAAGCUGAUCUUGGAGCAGGACCCUCAAUGA